CAAGCGAAAUUCCAGCUUGCAGUUGCGCACACAAACACCAAGAUUCUCUCUUGGAUGAACCUUGGCGAAGCCACCGAGCAUAAUGAACCGGAAGCAACCCCAGGUCUCAUGUCUUUCCUCGAUUUACCAGUGAUCAAUUCCGGAUCUGGUCUAGACCUUUCCUCGGUAGUUGCCGCCAACAGCAGAAUCACCACUAUCGGCGAUUUCAUGAACAGCAACAAGAAGCUCGAUGGGUUGAAGAAGAAUACCAGAAACGAGCCCGGCAGCAACGUCUCCAGAAACAGCUCCAAAGCUUUGCAGGCCCUAUCGAAUAAAGUGCGUAACGACCAGAGAAAGAAGAUCCAGCAGAAUGGCGGAGUCGGGAAACCUGAUCUCCAGCAGCAGCAAAGAGGCAAGAGAGACACCAUUGCUAAUGCUAUAAAGGAUGCCAAACAAAAGCAGAAACCCCUCUCCGGUGUUCUGGAAAAGAAGCCUCAGGAUGACUAUUCAGAUGAUGAGGAUGAGUUGCGCAAUGCUCGAUCUCAAAGAUCGGUUAAGAAGGGUUCCAACUUGAUGUUUGAAUCCAAGAUUAAAAAGAGACCAUUUUAAAGAUCUAUAGAGGCAUUUACCGUCGGACAGGGAAUUUUAAGAUACACUGCUUAAAUUUAGUGGUACCAUGGCUAACACACCCUGAGUAUGAAAAGAGACCAGUUUCUGCCGGUAGUGAGCCAUAAAGCUUCUGGGGUUCGGAUUACAGCCAUCUCGUAUCAUUCAUCUUCCAUCUCAUUUGGGUUGGUUCUAAGGUUACAACGCCUUCUACACACUGGCGUAUAUGAUGAAUAAGUUAUUGUCUUGACUGGAUAUAAAAAGAAGUCACACGUGGAAAAACGGGGUGUAACCCGGUUCUUCAAUACAUAUCACUCCCUUAGACGCCGAAUAUAUAAUCGUAGUAUUCAAUCACUGGGAAGGAAUAAAU